GUUUAAUGAAAAAUGUUCUUUGUAAGAAGAAUAAGUGAAUAAAUAUUUAAAUUAUGAUAAUAUAUUUAUUGUUUAAAUUUAUUUAAUAAACUUUAGAAAUAUUAAUUACAUAAAAAAGUUGAGGAAAUUCGUACAAUACAAUUUUAUCAACACAGUGAAAAAACAAAACACCAAAUCUUUAUGUUAGUAGUAGAGUAAAAAUUAAUCAUUGAACAAAUUAUUUUAUCGAAAAGUAAAUUAUUAAAAUGGCAUCAACAAGAGAAAGAAGAGCCAACGCUGGCAGUAAAAUGGCAAGAUUAUUAAAUGAAGAGGAAGAAGAUGAAUUUUAUAAAACUACUUACGGUGGAUUUGAUGAGGUUGAACAAGAUAACGAUUAUAUGGAAGAAGAUGAAGGAGAAGAUGAAGUAGAUUCCGACUUUAGUAUAGACGAGAAUGACGAGCCAGUUUCAGAUACUGAACAAGAAGGACCAAAAAAGAAACGAAGGCUAGUGACAAAAGCUUAUAAAGAGCCAAAACCUGUGACUGUACAACCACGAUCUGCUCCGAAAGAAAAGAAACCAAGAGUUCCAAGACAAAAAAGAUUUCUGAGUGAUAGUACAGAAAGAAAAUCAAUUAGAAGAUCCACAGCAGCUAAAUCAGCUGCAACUCAGAGAAGAUUAAAAGAAAGGAAUGAAGAUCAGAGAAGAAAAGUUAAAAAAAUAAGACACGACGUAUGGAAACCUACUCAAGAAGAACUUUUAAAAGAAGCAUUGGAAACAGAAAAAAUUAAUCUCAAGUCACUUGAAAAGUAUCAAAAAUUAGAGAGUGAAAAGAAAAAUACAAGAACAGUAAGGAAAGCUUUUGUACAGCCGAUGAUACGGUACCAAUCAUUAUCUAUGCCUGUUAUGGUGUUGUCAGAAACAACACAAGUUGAUAGAGAUAAUGAUCGAAUAAAUGUUGAAGGUGAUGAUGAUAAACCAAAUGAAUCUAAUACGAACAGUAAUCAAUCUGAUGUACUUUUAUCGAGCCAGGAAAGUAGCUGCCCAGUUGAAGAUGUCGACAGUAAUGAAGAUUUAGAGUCGAAUAGUAAUAAGCAUCUUGUAAAAAAAGGAGUUGAACUUCAAGGAGAACAAACUGGUGAUUUUUAUGAGAGGACCUUCAUUACUUUUGAGACUGAACGACUAUUUUUGAAAGCUUUUAAAAAAACUCCACCACCUCGAAAAACAUUACGGUCUCUUUGUGCUAUUACCAGACUUCCGGCAAAAUAUCUCGAUCCUAUAACGAAUCUGCCGUACCGAAAUGUGCAGACAUUUCGUAUUCUUCGUGAGGCUUAUUAUCAACAGCUAGAAGCACGAACAGACACCAAUGAUGCAGCCAGUAAUCCAGAGUUACUUCGAUGGCUUGAAUGGAGGCAAAAGAAUCAGCAUGCAGUGCAGAAAAGUACUGUACGUCUGGAAUCAGCGUCAGUUUUUUCAACACCUUAGCGUGAAACUACGUCAACGAAUUUUACAGCUGUCAAUCCAUCAAAAAGUGAUCAAGACAAUAAGUCGUGCUAUAUAUUGUUAUUUACGCAAUAGUAAUUAUAUCGUUCUUAUAUAAGUAAUUGUAAAUUUAUUUAUUAAUGAAAUUCACUGUGUAAAACUUUUCUAAUCAGUUAAUGUCCUAAAAUUAAGUAAAAAUUAAGAUUUUGUAUUGACAUUAGUUUUAAGGAGAAAUGGAAACUAUUGCAUAAAUACAAAAUAGUAAAAUAUAGUAAAUAAUUAAUAUCCUUUUACGAUAAUCAUUUAGGAUAAGCAAUACAUGAAUUUUUUUGUAUUUGUAUAAUUCUUUAAUUUAUGUUUUUGUUUUGUUUUUACUCAUGUAUGAUCACUUAAAAAUAGAAGAAAACAAUUUGAUUAACCACAGUUUCCAUGAUUAUCUAGUUCACCUACGUAUACAGAUAACUUGAAGACUACAUUGUCAAUAUAUUUCUGGCCGUUAAGAUUUUUGUUUUCAUUUCGUUAACUUGACAUCAUUUCUUUUCAUUUUUCUGUUUAUGUACUUUCACUUGUUUUGGAGGAAAAAAAGGAAAUUUUCACUUAGCUCGUAGGCUGUAUUGUAUGUUUUUAAACUAUCGAAAUCAUAAUAGAGGUUAAAUAUAAUGUUAGAGAAAUGCGCAUAAUGCUUGUGUUUUUUAAACAGUGUUAAUAUUUUAUAAUUAUGUUUUUUUCCUAAAUUAUCAAUUUUUUUAAAUAUCGUUCAAUGUACAAUUAUUUGUUAUGUUCCAUCUUCGGUGAUAUUUCCUACAGUUAGUUUUAUUUUUAGAUUUUUUUUAUGCCAACAAAAUCAUUGGCAGUACUAAUAGUAAAUAAAUAGUUCGUGGUAAUUAUAAUUACGCAGUGAAAAUAAUCAAUCAUACAGUAAUGAAAAUAAUAUCUUAUGGGACUUCAUUGCUUGAAGGUUUUUGUUAGACAACUAUGGAUGUAUAUUUUUAUACAGUCAUGAAUAAAAAUUAGCAAAAUUGAUUAA